CGUGCGCCACAGAGCCGUGAGUGUGAGAUACGAUCAAUAAGCGGAAGACGCCUCCUUAAGCAGUUUAUUUUGAAGAAUCCUUUUCAUUUGAACGGGUCUGGUCUGAAUUUUUUGUCCCUUCCCGAUAUUUUUUCCUCAGUUCACAUUUUCUUGUGACCCUCGCAGUGAGACUUCAUAGAUCAAUCCGCGAGCGAAUAUGGAAACAGAAGAAGAUGCUCCCCCUCCAAAGCAGCAACCUAUGAUAUAUAUCUGUGGAGAAUGCCACAAAGAAAAUGAGAUAAAAGCAAGAGACCCUAUCAGAUGCAGAGAAUGUGGUUACAGAAUAAUGUAUAAAAAAAGAACAAAAAGAUUAGUUGUAUUUGAUGCCCGAUGAAGAGAACAGAAGAUGCAUCUAAUUAAUCUGAAUUUCUGCCCAUUCUUCCUGUGUUGAUUUUGAUUUUGAUUUUGUUUAAGCAUUCUCCCAUUUUCCAAUAAAAUUUUAUUCAAGC